AUGACCGCCCUCGCCUCUGAAAUGAGCGUAACAAUAAAAUCUUUAAUUAGUUCUGAAAUGAAGGCACUGAAAACGGAAAUUACUGAAGUGAAGGAAUCUUUGUCUUUCAUCAAUAAAGAAUAUGAAGAGUUCCGCCAACAGCAUCAAUCAGCAAUCGGAACUAUUGAGAUGUUGCAGUCAGAAAACUUAGAAAUGAAGUCAACUAUUGCCAGCUUGAGCAGAAGAGUGAAUCAUUUAGAACAACAAGCUAGAAUGUGCAACAUUGAAAUCCACAAGGCGGUUGGGUGUAAGAUUAACCCAGAAGACAUACAUAAAUGUACACGGAUUGCUAAAUUGGACCCGACUGGCUCUCGCCCACGCUCUAUUGUCGUACAGUUGUCUUCACCAAGAGUACGAGAUGAAUUCUUGGCUGCAGCUGUGAACUAUAACAGAUCAAAAAUAAGAAAAGAGGAGAAACUCAACACAUCAGACAUAGGCAUUACUGGCGAAAAAAAGCCAAUCUUUAUAGCUGAACAUUUAUCACCUGCCAAUAAAGCUUUACAUGCUGCAGCUAGGUCAAGAGCAAGGGAAAGAAAUUACAAAUACGUUUGGGUCCGUAACGGAAAGAUCUUUGUGCGCAAAGACGAUCACUCUGACUACAUACUUGUGAAAGACAUGUCAUCACUUAAAAAACUUGUAUAA